UCCGGGACGCAAGUUUAAUAUUUAAAAUCUGGAUGUUAACCAAUCUACUUAAUUAUACUUAAUAAUUCAUAUCUAUGGCAACAUUUUGGCUUGUGUGUGGAAUCACAUCGCCCAGAGGUGAAACAUUUUAACGCCGCCACAGGCGUGUGUCUCUCAGCUGGGCAGAGCUUCGCUGCUGGGGGCUGCUCCACCGGAGCCGUGUCAGCAGUAACGUUAGCAGGGCAGGGACACAACUGUCAAGAAGGAGACGGACACGGGAGCACUUUCCGCUGGCCUGGUGGAACACAAAAUAUCGUUUUUAUUGGAAAGUCGCCGUAGUACCUCUACCUAUCGUCGAGUUAGUGCCAACCUUGUUGCUCAAACUUGCAACAUCAGCAGCGACCGAGUUGUUAGCUGCCUGCCUGGCUAUCCUGCCAGCCGGUUAGCCCUAGCACGGAGCGGUAGCAGCUAACCUAGCUUAGCUGUCGGCAGCCUGGCUACCCGGGAGGAGCUUCCAACAUGAGGCUGAAAGUAGGAUUCAUUUUACGGAGUUUGCUUGUCAUUGGGACCUUUCUUGGUUUGGUGGUGCUCUGGUCAUCUCUGUCGCCGAAACCCAGCGACGAAAACCCCUUUGGAAAACGGGAUGACAGUUUGCUGCCCAAAGCAGGCCCUGCAGAUCAGUUUAAGCCUGUGGUUCCCUGGCCUCAUGUGGAGGGGGUAGAGGUCGACCUCAACUCCAUCAGACUCAAACAUGGAGGAGCCAACCUCCCCGAGAACCCUGACCAGCAGCCCAACCAGAAGCAGGUGAUCCAGCAGCAGUAUGUGACAUUCAGACCCCACACACAUGCCUACACUAGCCCCAUCUUGAAGAAAGGUAUCCCAGGAAACUUUGAGCCCAAGGAGCCUGAGCCUCCAGGGGUCCCUGGAGGUCCUGGCGAGGGAGCUAAGCCAUUUGUCCUGGGUCCAGAGUACAAAGACUCGGUCCAAGCUUCCAUCAAGGAGUUUGGCUUCAACAUGGUGGCCAGUGACAUGAUCUCUCUGGACAGAACCAUCAGUGAUAUACGCCAUGAAGAGUGUAAGUACUGGCAUUAUGAUGACAGACUGCUGACCUCCAGCGUGGUGAUAGUCUUCCAUAAUGAAGGCUGGUCUACACUGAUGAGAACCGUCCACAGCGUCAUCAAGAGGACUCCCAGGAAAUACCUUGCUGAGAUAGUCAUGAUAGAUGACUUCAGCAACAAAGUCCAUCUGAAGGAGCGUUUGGAGGAGUACAUCAAGCAAUGGAACGGUCUUGUAAAACUCUUCAGAAAUGAGAAGAGAGAAGGACUGAUCCAGGCCAGGAGUAUAGGAGCCAAGAAGGCCACUAAAGGACAGGUGCUGAUCUACCUGGACGCUCAUUGUGAGGUUGGAAUCAACUGGUAUGCUCCAUUGGUUGCUCCUAUUUCAAAAGACAGGACAGCAUGCACAGUACCACUGAUAGACUAUAUAGAUGGUAAUGAGUACAGUAUGGAGCCGCAGCAGGGUGGAGAUGAGGACGGCCUGGCUAGAGGAGCAUGGGAUUGGAGCCUGCUCUGGAAGAGAGUACCACUUAGCCAGAGAGAGAAGGCCAAGAGAAAGCAUACCACCCAGCCCUACCGGUCUCCAGCCAUGGCAGGUGGUCUCUUUGCUAUAGAGAGAGACUUCUUCUUUGAGCUGGGUCUGUAUGACCCAGGACUGCAGAUAUGGGGAGGAGAGAAUUUUGAAAUAUCAUACAAGAUCUGGCAGUGCGGCGGCCAGCUGCUCUUUGUGCCGUGUUCUCGUGUCGGCCAUAUCUACAGACUUCAAGGAUGGCAAGGCAACCCCCCACCCGCACAUGUUGGAUCCUCACCCACUCUGAAGAACUAUGUUCGUGUGGUGGAGGUAUGGUGGGAUGAAUUUAAGGACUACUUCUACGCCAGUCGCCCUGAAACUCUGACCCUAGCCUACGGAGACAUCAGUGAGCUGAAGCGCUUCAGGGAGGAGCAUCGAUGCAAGAGCUUCAAAUGGUUCAUGGAGGAAAUAGCGUAUGACAUUCCACUGCACUACCCACUGCCUCCUAAAAAUGUGGAAUGGGGAGAGAUUCGGGGCUUUGAGACAAGUUACUGUAUUGACAGUAUGGGACACACCAAUGGAGGCAAUGUGGAAAUAGGACCUUGCCACAGGAUGGGGGGCAACCAGUUGUUCCGUAUCAAUGAAGCCAACCAGCUGAUGCAGUACGACCAGUGUCUGACCAGAGGAGGUGAUAAUUCAGCUGUCAUCAUCACACACUGUGACCAGAACCAGCACACUGAGUGGAAGUACUUCAAGGAUCUCCAUCGGUUCACUCAUGUACCAACAGGGAAAUGUCUGGACCGCUCGGACCUGCUGCACAAAGUGUUCAUAUCAGACUGUGACACCAGCAAAACCACUCAGAAAUGGGAAAUGAACAACAUAGUGGCUGUAUGAAGACCGGACAGCUCGCACCAAGGGGACCACUGGGAGCUUAGGGAGGAACACGGUGACUGUAUGAGGACACACAUCCUGAUUAACGCACGCCAAGAAACACAUCCAUACUAUACGUUUACAGAUACAUCAAACUGAUAUCGUCCUUUUGAAGGAAAAAAAAAAACUUUAUUGUUAUGAGCCAGUCAUUGUCGGUGCACCUCCAACACCAUGGAGUCAGAACGGUCUGAUGUAAAGAUACUGUGUAUCCACCAUUAACAGCUUCAACCCCAAACUGCCUCUGUCAGACUUUACUCCAUAUACUCACACUCCUUAUACAGACACACACUCCUGAUGGCAGAGGAGGAAGUGGCUGAUAUGGAGGCUGAAGCUACUGAUCCUCAGAAUGAACUGAACUGAUAACAUGGAACUGGAAACGUGUCGGGCUCUGUCUCUGUCUCCGUCUGUCUCCGUCCUUCAUGGUUUACCCCACGUCUCUCUAUCUGUUCUUUUGGGCUCUCAGGUCUUUUCUAAACCACUACAAUGAUUUCUGAGAUGAAUCACGUUACUUCUAACUCUUGAACAGUCAUACUCCAAUUUAGACUUUUUCAAUCAAAACUGUUACCCAAACUGAUUUAGAUCACUUAUCCAGAGUCCGGUUUUAUUGGUGGAGGAUUCAGUCACAUCAUCAGUGUGUUGAAGCUGGUGUUUUCUACAUACACAGGCUGGAAUACUGCUUGCUUUAGUGUGUAUAAAAUAGGAUGUCAAACAAAAAGCAUUUACUGGAAAUAUCAAAGAAGGAACACUCAGGUGAGCCGAAUCUGUUGAACAGAGCAGGGGUGAAUGGAAACAAGCAAUCAGGUCCAUAUUUUCGAAAAAAUUGUGAAUUUGAAUUUUGAAUGCGUUGACUUGGUGGUGUCGUGUUGAUGUUCAGGAGUGUUAAAGAGCUGCCUGGUUCUCUGUAUGUAAACAAUCAUCGUGUGGAAAUGACCCAACUGUCCUGUUCGGUCAGCUGCUUCUUAAAGAGCUUAAAGAGCCAGUGUAACACCACGGUAGUCAAAUGACAUCCAUCCUCCUCUGGGGCCAAAGCACACAGAAGGUGGAGACGAUGUCCUCAGAUGACAGAGAUGUAACUAAAGCUCCUAUAGCACAUGCUGAACCCGGCUAAAAAGACUCUGACAUAUUGAAUUGUCUUUGUUUUUUUUCUUCACAUUUGCACUCCAGGGUCUAUACAAAGCAUUUUUAUCACCCCCUGUUAAAGGACCACAUGUAGCUUGAAGCUAAUCUGACAGGCUCAUUCGUUUGUAAUAAAUAAGUAGCAUGAUUGGCAACACGCUAUCAAAAGCCUGACCAGCACAAAAAAAAAAAAUGACAAAGAUGAAAACAAAGGGAGCAUUUCUGGUUACCAUGUGUAAACCAGCAGCGGUCCAUCCCUCAUAGAACAUGCUUGGAAAAAGUCACCUAUACAUCUCUACUCAUUCAGUUUACUUCUGUUGAUUUCAUCUGGCUUGAAUUCAUUUUCAGCAACUUCUACAGACACUGAGAAGCUUUAGAGGAGAGCACAGUGAUCUGACUGACUGAGGACUUCGACCUGCCUGCCUUACUGACAGUCUUGAUGAGUAAUUCAGUAGCUGACCAGUUGACUGUGACUUCGUAACUGCCUGUUUGAGAAGGAAAAAAAAAAACAAAUAAAAAAAAAAAACACAGGGUUGUUGGGUUGGGGCAUGAUGUCAGUGCCAGCUUAUGGUGGGG